CUGCUUUGCGCCGGUGCUUGCUAAGGGGAAAGAGGUCGCGCCGUGCCGUGCCGUGCCGUGCCGUGCCGUGCCGUGCCGUGCCGUACCCUUCCGGGGUGCGCGGCCCCAUCAGCCCAGCCGCCUCCCUUCCUCUGCCCUGCCCUGCCCUGCCCGCUUUCAGGUGCCGGCAGCCCGCGGGCCACAACCGCCCCGAGCAACCCCGGCGAGGCGGGCGGAGCUGCGCUCACUGACAGCCUGCCGGAGCCGCCGCGUGUGCCCGCAGGGAGCCGUCAGCCGUUUGCGCCUGGCCCGGCUGCGGAGGAAAGCACAGCUUGUGCCCGCACUCCGUUUGUAAAUCGUUCCCGUCUCCAGCCACGCACCUAUGAAAUACUAUCAUCGGAUCAGAAAGUGAAAGAAUGUGAGAAAGGAAGAAGUGGUGUUACUUAUGCACCUGUAACUGUCUCGUGAGGUGUUGGUGCUGCUGUACCUCAUUUUGUACCUAUGUCGUGGUGAUCUCUGUAGGAUCUCAGGUAUCUCAGAUGUGCACCAAGCAAUGUAACUUAAUGGCUCUGUUAUAUGGAUGCACCUUCCCAUUUCAGAAGGGUGACAGAAAGUCCCUUUGGGAGAAGCCCUUUUAUUUUGGAUUUUUUAAAAAAUUAUAAUUGUUUAUUAUGCAUGCAGUGCUGAAUGUACAUCCAAGAAGAUUCAAGAAGCCACGGGCAGAAGUGGCACACCUGGUGCUGAGCGGUCUGUUUUCACAUGAGCACUUUUUCCUUGUGGUAGGCUGAAGUGACUGACUGCACACAACUGGAGCUUGCAUAUGUUGGAUGAACGGCCUUAGAGCAGCAGGUCCUAGGAAGUUGUAUAGAGACCUGCAGCCUCACAAAGUACUCCUAGAAGAAGAUGAAUGUUGCUGAGGCAAUGCGUUUUUUGUCUCAUAUAUUGCAUUUCUAUGUGCUCAGGGUACUAAUAACUGAACCAAAGGCCACUACUGACAAAUCCAGAGGUUCCUAGAUCAUGGAGAAGUACAGGAAGCAUUGUUCCCAAAUGCAAUACGAUACUGUAGGCACAGAUCGCAUGCUUCUUUUUUCAGUAGUACUCUCAGAGCCUGUAAGUGCAAGGAAUUUUACUGCAUGGUUUUAGGCUUGAAAACAGGAUUCAGUGGCUCGAUCAAUGAGAAUACCACAGCGGUAUUUCUUGUGGUUCUCUUCAUGUGACUGAACAGAUUCACAGUGAGGCCUGAAGGUAUUUCCUGGAAGUUGAUCACCAUGCCAAGGGAAAGUACAGCUCAAGCACCCGACCACAGUCAGCGUAUCUCUGUUAAAGUUUCCCCUGGUCUCUGAGGCAUCUGGCUGCAAAUACCAAGCACUGGAUUAAUACCUGAGGCAGCCUGUCCUUCCAGCCAGAUGGAGGCUUUGGAGAAAAAGAGCGACCUCCUUGGUUUGCAAACAGAGGGCAACAUGGAACAACCAUUCAGUAUUAGUUCCUUGAAAAAGCUCGUAGCUAUUCCUGACCACACGGACAUCUCUGUGACCCCAGAAGAGAGAGUGCGUGCCUUAAGCAAACUUGGCAGCAAUAUUGCAAUCAAUGAGGACAUCACUCCGCGUCGUUACUUCAGAUCCGGAGUAGAAAUGGAGCGAAUGGCAUCAAUAUACAUGGAGGAGGGAAAUCUGGAGAACGCUUUUGUUUUUUAUAACAAGUUCAUAACCUUGUUUGUGGAGAAGCUGCCCAGUCACCGAGACUAUCACCAAUGUGCAGUACCAGAAAAACAAGUUAUUAUUAAGAAACUGAAGGAGGUUGCAUUUCCACGGACAGACGAACUGAAGAGAGAUCUUUUAAAAAAAUAUAGCUUAGAAUAUCAAGAAUACAUGCAAAACAAAAACAAGUGUAGAACUGAAUCUCUGAAGAAACUAGAGCAGCAGAAGCUGAUAGAGGCAGAGAAGAAACGAAUUGCACACAUGCGGCAGCAGCAGCUUGAAUCAGAACAGUUUCAGUUCUUUGAAGAUCAGCUUAAGAAGCAAGAACUGGCUCGAGAUCAGAAGAUUAAAGAGAGCAUGGUUAUGUCUGAGCAGAUAGAUGGAAGUAUGCUAUCCUGCAUUUCUGUACCUGAGAACAGUUCCUCACCUACCACACUGCUAGAGAAAAAAGAGAAGAGUGGCAUGUGUGUCUCUACUGGAGAUUCACCUCCAGUAAACCGGGCCUUAAAGCCAGCAGCUGCUUUAAGUGCUGUUCAGACUCAAUUGGCUGAAGCGCUCAGAGGUGUAAUUUUACCCAGGGAUCUCUGUCACAAAUUUCUGCUGCUAGCAGAGGCAAAUACAUUAAGAGGAAUAGAGACAUGUGGAAUUCUCUGUGGAAAACUGACACACAACGAAUUUACUAUUACCCACGUAAUAGUGCCAAAGCAAUCUUCAGGACCAGACUACUGUGACAUGGAGAACGUGGAAGAAUUAUUUGGUAUUCAGGAUCAGUUUGAUCUCCUCACUUUGGGUUGGAUACACACACAUCCAACACAAACCGCAUUCUUAUCCAGUGUUGAUCUUCAUACUCAUUGUUCUUAUCAGCUCAUGUUACCAGAGGCCAUUGCAAUUGUUUGUUCACCAAAACAUAAUGAUACUGGCAUCUUCAGACUGACUAACGCUGGCAUGCUUGAAGUUUCUGCUUGUAAAAAGAAGGGAUUUCAUCCACAUACAAAGGAUCCUAGGUUAUUUAACCCAUGCACCCAUGUGGUUGGGAAAGACAUAAAGAUAAUUGUGCUGGAUCUGAGGUGAUACGGAUGGACAGUCGCCGUGUUGCUAUAAAAGUGGCCAAAAGAGAAAAAUGGCUUCCUGUUUUUCUUACAUUUUCAGAAACGACUUUUAUAUUUAUACAUUUUAGAUUGAAUGGUUUGGUAUUUAUUGCUUUUGCCUGUUUUGGAGUUAUUUUGUUGCCCUGUCAAGAUGGAAUUCAGUGGCAUUACUCCUGAAACUGUAGAUGUAUCAUCUCACUAAAAACAACAAUAAAAUGAACUUCAAGCAACAGUAACAAA